AUGGCCAACUUUCGCCGGUUCAGGCCUGAUGACCUGAACAAGCUAUCAAAAUGCAACCUGGAUCCUCUCACAGAGACAUAUGAACUGUCCUUCUAUCUUCAGUAUUACGCAAAAUGGCCAUCACUCUUCCAGGUUGCUGAAGACGAGAAUGGAAACAUUAUCGGAUACAUAAUGGGAAAGCUCGAGUCGUCUCCUGACGUCUACAAAUUCUCAGAGCAUUAUCUUCCUUGGCACGCCCACAUCACAGCCGUCACCGUGGCCCCUGAGGCUCGCCGACUUGGUAUUGGCAAGCUCCUCACAGAGCAGCUCGAGGCCGCUGGUGAUGCCGGAAACGCCUGGUUCGUCGACUUGUUUGUGCGCAAGACAAACUGCAAGGCCAUCAAAUUCUAUGAAAGCAUGGGCUACAGUAUUUUCAGGGUGGUCAAGGAGUACUAUGGCGACCAUUCAACCGACCCCACUCAGGACAGCGAGGAUGCCUACGAUAUGCGAAAACCAUUGAAGAGAGAUGUCAAGAAAGAGCACAUCAGGGCUGAUGGGGAGAAGCAUGAGGUUGACCCAACCGACGUGUGGUGA